UGGUAUCCUCGUCCUCACCCGCUUGUGCCGACUUGACUAGCAGGUAUAUAUAUAUAUAUAUAUAUAUGUGUAUGUAUACACUAUCCGGAAGGUACACGGUAGUUGGUGUUCCGGAGUGACGGCCGCCGAGCAACCGUUGACCUCCCGUCCCCUCGCCGCGGUGGAAACAUGGGUCUGAGCCGCGUGGAAAAGGUUCAGGUAUGGGUCUUCAAGGCGGUCAUGGGAGUCCUCGCCAUGCUUUUCCGGCUCCUCUCGCCUCGGCGACCCGCAGUGGCCGGGAAGAAGCUGCCGCCCGCCCGCAACCCGCUGCUGGUCGUGUCAGCGACGCAGCUCGCCAAGAGGAUCCGGCGAAAAGAGGUGUCAAGUGUGGAGGUGGUGCAGGCUUACAUUGACAGGAUCCAGGAAGUCAACCCCUUUCUGAACGCUGUUAUAAAAGACAGGUUUACUGCUGCCCUCCAGGAGGCGGCCCUGGUUGAUAAGCUGAUAGAGGAGGAAACUGGAGGAGAGGAGGUGCUGGAGGACCGACUGCCUUUACUGGGAGUCCCACUCUCUGUCAAAGAGUCCUUUGCUCUCCAGGGGAUGCCCUGCACUACAGGUGUGAUCGCCAGGCGAGGAGUCGUGGCCACCGUCGACGCUCCACCGGUGGCCCUGCUGAAGAGAGCGGGGGCCAUCCCGCUGGGCGUCACCAACACCAGCGAGCUUUGUAUGUGGUACGAGUCCCACAACCACCUGCACGGCACCACCAACAACCCGUACGACCUGGAGAGGAUACCAGGCGGAAGCUCAGGGGGAGAGGGCAGUAUAAUUGGAGCAGCAGGCGCCGUCAUUGGCAUAGGCUCAGACAUCGGCGGCAGCAUCCGCAUGCCCUGUUUCUUCAACGGAAUAUUUGGUCAUAAAACCACUCCGGGUGUUGUGUCCUCUGACAACCAGUACCCUCCUGUCUCCGGCAGACAUGAGGAGUACCUCAGUACUGGUCCCAUGUGCCGCUACGCUGAGGACCUGCUGCCCAUGCUCAAGAUCAUGGCGGGACCCAAUGCUCACAUGUUGUCCUUAAACACGAAGGUUGACCUGAAGAAGCUGCGGUUCUUCACCAUCCCUCAUGAUGGGGGCUCUCUUCUGACAAACCCCCUCAGCAAAGAGCUCAGGGACAUUCAGAGGAAGGUGGUGGAGCAUCUGGAGGCAGAUCUCGGAGUAGAAGUCCAAGAAGUGCAUUUCCCUGAGCUCCGCUAUAGCUUCCAGAUCUGGGACACCUACAUGGGUCUUCCUGAUAAGGACGGCAAGCCUCCUGUGGCAUUUGCUAUGCUGAUGGGGGAACCAGGACCACCAGUGUGGCCUCUGUGGGAGCUGCUGAAAUGGAUGAUGGGAAAAUCGGAGCAUACCAUGGCUGCUAUCAGUCUGGCCCUGCUGGAGAUGACCCAUACGUCCAAACCGUCAACCCUCACCAUCCAGCGGAAGGAGAAGCUGCAGAAGGACGUGGACGAGCUGCUAGGCACUGAUGGUAUUUUUCUUUACCCCUCGCACCCCAGAGUGGCACCGAAACACCACCACCCGCUCUUCAGACCCUUCGACUUCACCUACACUGGUAUAAUCAACAUCCUUGGGCUGCCAGUCACCCAGUGUCCUCUGGGUCUGGGCGAGGAGGGUCUGCCCCUGGGUCUGCAGGUUGUAGGUGGGAAGCUGCAGGACCAUCUAACCCUGGCUGUGGCCCUCUACCUGGAGAAGAAGUUUGGAGGCUGGAGGGACCCCGGAGCCAUCUAAGACCAUGCCCCCAUAGCAAUUACCAAAUCUCCAAACUGGAGCCAGUUGGAUCAAAGAUUGUGGUACUCUAUCUGCCUUGCUGCUUGCUGUAGUACACAAUCACAGAGAGGUACAAUCAGAGCGCUGAAUGUUCAAGUGAAAUAGAUUAAUUUUGUACUAAUGAGG